AUGUAUCUUGGCAGGACAUCCUUGACGACCCGUAGAGGAAUUCUUGAGUGUGUACGGCAGCCAGUACUGGUUUCACAAAGGAGAAACUUUUCCUUUGAACCUCAAUUGGUUGUCAAUACUCUCACCGAAUCUAUUCAAGCAGUACAUACAUUUACAGGUAUACCAUGGUGGGCACUUAUUCCCUUGACCACGUUCAGUUUGAGAGCCAUGUGGACAUUGCCACUUGCAGUGAUGCAGCGUAAACGGAUCCAGAAACAGAAUGAAUUCCGUCCCGUUGUAAGUGCCAUGUUCCCAGUGAUGAAAUUAAAAUUAGCUCAAAAAGUUCAAGCAGCAAAGCAAAGAGCAGCAUCUUUAGCAUCUAAACCAGUAUCAACUGAUUCAAUAGAACUCAGUGUCUUGGAAUCACAAUCUCCGAUUGCAUCCAUGAAAUAUGAAGAAAUUGUCUUGUUAGCAACAAAGGAAAGACGUAAGAGACAAAAGGCACUUUUCAAAAAGCAUAAUAUACAAUUAUGGAAAAAUUUCAUCCUUCCAGCAUUUCAAAUUCCUCUUUGGGUAUGUAUGUCCCUUACCAUGAGAAAUCUUAGUGGUUGGUCUACUUGGGAUAGCACUUCCAAUACUCCAUUAGAUCCCUUACUACGUGAAGAAGGGUUACUUUGGUUUACUGACUUGACCCAUUUCGACUCUUUACAUAUUAUUCCUGUAGUUUUAGGGGUCAUUUCAUUAUGUAAUGUGGAAUGGACUUUUAAAACUUUAGAAUUAUUGAAAACCUCGAGGUCACGUGCCUUGAGACCAACAAUGAUGGAUUCAAUUGCAAAUAUUUCAAGAAUGUCAGUUGUUUUCAUGAUGGCUAUUUCUAUGAAUGCACCUGUUGCAUUGACAUUAUAUUGGCUUAGUUCCCAAUUAUUUUCUCUAGUACAGAAUAUUUUUCUCGAUCUUAAUUUCCCAAUGAGUUUUACUCCAAAGACAAGAUUUAAUUAUAGAAAGACAAAUGGAGAGGCAAAGAGUGUUAUUAGAGAAGGAGAAGAAAAGCAGUAA